CCAAAAUAGAGUCCACCACGCUUCGCUUCUUGGUCUUGGUUCUCUGCCACACAGACCAGCGAAUAGGAAGUUACAAGCUUGAUCCUCAUGGCGCUCUCGGGCGCCCAAAAUGAAGAAAUGGAUUCGGAGUCCUCCGUCCUCCUCCUUUCCGCCGCAGCCAACCCCACGAUUCCCCCCCAAAAGAUCCCCAAUGACAGCUUCCAUUUUGCCUACAUCAUCUACUUCACCAUGGGCCUGGGCUUUCUCCUCCCAUGGAACGCCUUCAUCACCGCCAUCGAUUACUUCUCUUACCUCUACCCGGACGUUUCAGUUGACCGCAUCUUCGCCGUCUCUUACAUGCUAGUCUGCCUAGUUUGCCUCCUUAUCAUUGUCUACUAUGCUCACAAAUCGGACGCCUAUGUGCGGAUCAACAUUGGAUUGGUCCUAUUCGUGGUGUCUCUGCUGGUAAUCCCAGUCAUGGACGCCGUUUAUAUCAAGGGCCGGGUCGGAUUGUAUGACGGAUUCUAUGUGUCGGUCGGGGCAGUCACGCUUUCCGGUGUGGCGGACGCUCUUGUUCAGGGUGGGCUAAUUGGUUCCGCGGGCGAGUUGCCUGAGCGGUAUAUGCAAGCUGUCGUUGCAGGCACUGCGGGUUCUGGGGUUCUUGUUUCAUUUCUAAGGAUUGUAACUAAAUCGGUAUAUGCUCAAGAUGCCAGUGGCCUGAGAAAAAGUGCAAAUCUUUACUUUUCUGUUGGGAUUGUGGUUAUGGUAAUUUGUGUGAUAUUUCACAAUGUUGGGCAUAAACUUCCAGUGAUUAGGUACUACACAGAUUUGAAAAAUCAAGCUGUAAAUAUAGAGAAAGAGGAGAGAGGAUUGACUGGAUCUGUGUGGAGAUCAACCUUAUUGGAAACUGCGGGGAGGGUUAAAUGGUAUGGCUUUGGGGUACUCAUUAUCUACGUUGUGACACUGUCGAUAUUUCCGGGAUAUAUUACAGAGGAUGUCCACUCUGAGGUUCUGAAGGAUUGGUACCCAAUUCUCCUUAUCACUGGCUACAAUGUGUUCGACCUUGUUGGCAAGUCGUUAACUGCAGUAUACAUGCUAGAAAAUGCAAAAGUAGCAAUUGGUGGUUGUAUUGCAAGACUUCUGUUUUUCCCUCUUUUCUUGGGGUGCUUGCAUGGUCCCAAAUUCUUCCGAACAGAGAUUCCGGUCACUAUCUUGACUUGCCUUUUAGGCCUAACUAACGGCUACUUGACAAGUGUUCUGAUGAUCUUGGCUCCUAAAGUUGUCUCACUACAACAUGCGGAGAUUGCAGGGAUUGUGAUCGUGUUGUUUAUGGUAGUUGGACUGGCUGUUGGGUCCAUUUUAUCUUGGUUUUGGGUUAUCUGAGUAAUGCUCAUUAGAAAACCUGCCCGAGUCUCAAAGAAAGAAAAAGAGAUGUACGAUUCGAUGGGGAUAAACAUUGCUCGAAGCCAGAGUCAGAGACCCAUGGAUUCCCCAACGUGUAUUUGCUAUCUGUAAAACUUUGUAAACUUAAAUGCAUUCUUCUUUUAUCGCUGAAACGUCUACCUUUUAUCUUUUGAAAAUUAUUUUUAAUGUAAAGCGAACACAAAUUUAGAUAUAUGGUCAGCUGGUGGUUUAUCCAGUUUCUUGUGA